GUAGUCCGUACUGCCAUGCUCUUCUGACUUCUCCUCCUAUUUCUCUCUCCAAACCCGCCUUUCUUUUUCCAUUCAAAAGAAUUCUCAGACACACAGACAAAGCGGUACCGACAGAAUCAAACCGGAAAAACGCUACCUUUUUGAGAAACCCAUUUGUCUCCGAUUGUCUCAAUGCCUGCUAUGACUGAUUCGGAGGAAGUGCAGGAUCCGGUGUCUCUUUUCAUGUCUCUGGAUGAUUGGCAAGAGACUCCGUUCGAACAAGAAGCAACCCAACUGUCCGAAUCCUACAUGCUUGGAUUCGUGAUCGCCAACAUCGUCGGCGUCCAGUAUUACACCGGGGUAGUUUCUGGCAGAGAAAUCGUUGGCCUGGUCCGUGAACCCUGGAAUCCUUUCGACGGGAAUGCCAUCAGGGUCCUUAAUACCGGUUCAAUCCAAGUUGGUCACAUUGAACGCACUGUUGCGUCAGUUCUUUCGCCUUUGAUCGACGAUCAUACGAUCUCCGUUGAAGGUAUAGUACCCAAUGCUUCUGGUAGAGGCAAUAAGUAUAAAAUUCCAUGUCAAAUUCAUAUAUUUGCAAAAACUGAGGACUUUGAGGCUGUGAAAUUGAUCCUUUCAACUGGUAGGCUCGAGUUGUUUACGCAGUCAGAUAUGGCUAUGGGGUUGUCCGAAGCUGUUGUAGUGAAGGAGCAGAUGAGUGGAAACGAGUUAAAGAAUUUGGAUGAUGUUUUCAAGUUGGUAGACGAAAAUCUGAGCAAGAAGGCCAUGGUGGUUUUGGAGCCUCCAAAAGAAGUCAUCAAGUCGGAACUGCUCUUGCAUCAGAAAGAGGGUUUGGGUUGGAUGGUUCACAGGGAGAAUUCUAAUGAAUUGCCACCUUUUUGGGAGGAAAAGGAUGGGCAGUAUGUAAAUGAGUUAACAAACUAUCGCACAGUUAACCGACCGGAGCCUUUGUGCGGUGGGAUUCUGGCCGACGAUAUGGGGUUAGGGAAGACGCUGAUGUUAAUAUCUUUAAUUGCAUUCGAUAAAUAUGGGAGAAAUGAAGGAAAUAUUGAAGUGAUUGGUGAGGAUGAUGAGGAAACUUUUGUCAAUAAGGGAAAGAGGGGUAAGAGCGCUGGAAAGGGAAAUGUUUCACAUAAAAAACGUAAGAGUGACGAUUCUCGUUUACAUAGCAAUGUAAAACAGAAAUCCGUGGGCAGAUUGGAUAAGUGCUCGACGUUGGUCGUGUGUCCUCCUUCUGUAUUUUCAACAUGGAUUACACAGCUAGGAGAGCACACCAGACCUGGAAAGUUGAAGGUAUAUCUUUAUUAUGGGGAGAGAACUAAAGAAGUCCAAGAGUUAGAGAAGUAUGAUAUAGUGUUGACAACUUAUACUGUUCUGUCUGUUGAAGCAUCAUGGGAAGAUUCUCCUGUGAAGAAGAUUGAGUGGUGGAGAAUUAUUUUAGAUGAGGCACAUAUCAUUAAGAAUGCAAAUGCCAGACAGAGUCAAGCUGUCACUAAUUUGAGUUCUAAGCGGAGGUGGGUUGUUACUGGAACUCCCAUCCAGAAUGGCUCAUUUGAUCUGUUCUCUUUGAUGGCUUUUUUGCGAUUUGAACCAUUUUCCAUUAAAAGUUAUUGGCAAAGCUUGGUUCAGCGUCCACUUGCUCAGGGGAAACGGAAAGCUCUUUCUCGUCUGCAGAUUCUAAUGGCAACCAUUUCUUUGCGGAGAACAAAAGAUAAGGCGUUGGUUGGAUUGCCAUGUAAAACUAUAGAGUCGCACUACAUCGAACUUUCUGUAGAAGAACGUAAUCUUUACAAUCAGAUAGAAGGGCAAGUCAGGAGUCUUGUUAGGGAUUGCCUUGACUCUGGUGGUCUGCUACGCAACUAUUCAACCAUACUUAGCAUACUUUUGCGGCUUCGCCAGAUAUGUGUUGAUCGAGCAUUGUGCCCUCCAGAUUUGAUAUCGCUGAUCCCUUCUUGCAAUAUGGAAGAUGUUUCAAAUAACCCGGAAUUGCUGAAAAGGAUGGUCGCUCAGCUCCAGGAUGGUGAAGAUUUUGACUGUCCUAUUUGCAUUUCACCACCAACUGAUAUUGUAAUUACCUGUUGUGCUCACAUUUUUUGCCGCCCCUGCAUUCUGAAAACACUGCAACGCACCAGGCCCUGCUGCCCCCUUUGUCGUCGUCCUUUAGUACAGUCUGACCUUUAUUCGGCACCUCCGGAACCGGUUAGCUCUGAAAACACAGAAGUAUCUUCACCAAAGACAGUAACGUCUUCCAAAGUUUCUGCCCUAUUGGAAUUACUUGCAGCAUCAAGGGCUAAAAGCCCAACUACCAAAUCGGUGGUAUUUUCACAAUUCCGGAAGAUGCUGUUAUUACUUGAAGAGCCGCUAAAAGCAGCUGGUUUCAAGAUAUUACGCUUGGAUGGGUCCAUGAAUGCCAAAAAGAGGGCUGAAGUAAUCAAGGAAUUUGGGGUUCCUGGACAGGAUGGACCAACUGUUUUGCUUGCAAGUCUUAAGGCUUCAGGUGCUGGUAUUAACCUUACUGCUGCUUCUAGGGUCUAUUUGCUGGAGCCAUGGUGGAAUCCAGCUGUUGAAGAACAGGCUAUGGACCGUGUCCACAGGAUUGGUCAGAAGGAUGAUGUGACAAUUGUGAGGCUGAUAGCACGAGAUAGCAUUGAAGAGAGGAUAUUAACAAUGCAAGAGAACAAGAAGAAAUUGGCGAAUGAAGCUUUCAGAAGGCAGGGUCUAAAAGAUCGCAGGGAAGUUACCAUAGAUGAUCUCCGUGCUCUCAUGUCCUUGUGAGUCCUACCAAGUUCCUACUGUUGCAUUAUGUACAUGUGUAUGCAUGCACAUUACACCUGUGUGCACAAUUCUGGAUCUUAGGGAUUUGAAUCAGUUUACUUUUGAUUUUCCUUUGGUAGCAUUUCACCAGCCUUUAUGAACAAUUUGAUAAGUUUUGUAUAUCCUCCUGUUUAUGGAGCUUUUUGUGCUGGUUUGGGCAUGCAUACAAACAGGGGCAAUGUGCAUAUUUUUGUUUGCAUAAAUUUCUGAACUUUUUGAAAAAACUACCUUUUUUC